GAUCUCCCAUUCAGUCAUUCACCCUCCAAAUGCCUGAAAUAGCCAGGGCUGGGCCAGGCUAAAAUCAGGAGCCCCAAACUCAAUCUGAGUCUCUACCAUGGGUGGCAGGAAUCUAUCACAUGAGCUAUUACUUACUAGUUCACAGAGUAUGCCUUAACAGGAAGCCAGGGUAAGAAGCAGAGCCAAGGCUCAAACCUAGGCACUCCUACACGGAACAUAGACAUCCGAGUGGUAUCCUAACCUCUGCACCUAAUGUCCACCCAGGAAAGUAAAUUUACAUAUCCUGACACUGUCACCAGCUUACAAAUGGGCAGCCUUUAUUUCCAAUUCAAUUCAUAGAAUGUCUUGUAUAUGUUAUGUACUGGGAAAAAUACUGAGAAGAACAAAGAGAAUUUAUGACUCAAAGAGUUGUUAUUUAGGUGUUUUGUGUGCAUGUGUGUUGUUGUACUCUUCAUCGUGGUGCAAAGGUAGACUCUUUAGUCCUGGGUCAGUUUUACAGCAGUAAGUGUGUAUGUGACGUCCUUCCUGCUCUGCCCGUCACCUUACCUUACGCAAUCAUACGCAAGUUUUAUCACCAGUAGCUACCACUUCCACAGCUCAGCUUCUCCAUCUAGUGGCCUGUGUAAGACUGAAACUUCCAAUUUAGGGAGCAACGCUCAACCUUUCCUUGAAUUACAGUGGGCAGGUCAUUCCCAGCCAUCACCCCUACCCUGUUCAAUGCCGGGACCCAAAGAACCCUAGGGGCAACACUGGCACUGCCUCAGCCACCCACGAGGGGGCGUGCGUGUAGUCUGCCCAAGCUGCCCCACCCAGGGUCUGGCGUACCUCCAUUCGCACAGGUGAGCAGGCCAGAAUAACCCUGCUGGCUGGCUGGACACCUGUCUGCUUCCUGUCUCCUCCACAAUGCUGAGACACUCAGGUCAUCUGCACCUGGCCUCCAGGUUGCACAAAAGGCGCUGAGGUCGACCAGAAGGGCAUUUUUAGAUUGGCUCGAUGUUUCUCUUGAAGGGAAGAUGGAAGCUAAAGGAUGGAUAGUGCAUCCAAGACUUCUUCAGAUUCUCUGUUUCUCUGUCUCUAGCAUUCUCUUUCACACACACCUCUUCUCCCACACUCAAAAUAGCAGACCGUUGAUUUAUCCUAGUUUGUUUUGUUUUGUUUUGUUUUUUCUGCACAGAGAACAAGCUUCAGGUAACUUGGAAGACAUGUUCUGGUGUGCAUUGUAAUUAUCUGGUCCGGAGAUGCAAGUGGUUUUAAAUGAGGAAGCUAGGGGAAAUAGAAUAGGGCACCCACAGAUUCUUAGAACUAUAUGCAGUAGACACCCCUAAAGUUUAUAGGACCAUUGUUAAGAGUUUUAUCUCUCAUUUCACUUGCUUCAUUUCAUUUACUAAUAACAGGCUUUUCCUGAGUUUGAGAUAUUCUCAAAAUAAGAAAAUCUGCCACCCUAACAGCUUUCCUAACUAAAUACUUGAGGGACUAGUGGAAAGUAUAUCAGGGCUACUGUCGUGCAAUUAUAAUGAAAGACAAAAUCUCCUGCCACUUUGGAAAACUCUCUCCACCAAAGAGAAGAAAUAGAAAAUAGCUCCAUUUAAAAAAAAAAAAAGCUUUAUUUAUUUAUUUGAAAGGCAGAGUUACAGAGAUGCAGAGGCAGAGAAAGAGAGAGAGAGAGAGAGAGAGAGAGAGAGAGAGUCUUCCAUCUGCUGGUUCACUCCCCAGACGGCCGCAAUGGCUGCAGCUGGGAUGAUCCAAAGCCAGGAGCCAGGAGCUUUUUCCAGAUCUCCCACGUGCGUGUAAGGGCUCAAGAACUUGGACCAUCUUCUACUGCUUUCUCAGGCCAUCUCAGAGAACUGGAUUGGAAGUGGAGUGGCCAGGACUCGAACCAGCGCCCAUAUGGGAUGCCAGCACUGGAGGUGGCAGCUUUACCUGCUACACCGCAGUGCCAGCUCCAUUUUUGAGAACACAUGAAAACAACCUGUAAUGCAGACCAUAGGCAACCCCUUAAAGAGAUCACUAAAGCACAGCUCUGGCCCUUUACGUCACUAAGCAGAAACAGUCUGUGGUCUACAUUUUCUCACAAUCAACAACCACUAGGCCUCAAAUAAAAAGAUGCGACAUUUGCCAUUUUAUCCUAAAUUAUCCUAAUAGUCUUUAAGAAGAAAAAAUACACCUGCCGUUCCUUUUUGCCCGAGAUAGACGGGCAGUGCCAGGCAGGUGCCAGCUGGAGUUAGGUUUCUGUCCAACCAGCCAAAGGGGGCUAUCUUACUUGAUGAUUCAGCUUCAAAGACAUGGCUUCUGUCUCCUCCAGGAAGCACUCCUGGGUUGUUAAAAAGCUUUCCAUGUGUUUCAAGAGGGAAACAAACAAGUUUUCUAAAGCAAAAAGAAAAACAUAAGUCGACAAGUUUUCUGAAGAUUUUUUUAAGCAAAAGAAGACACAAAGUCUCUUCCCUUAUUUCAGUCAGGAGAAUCCAGCUCAUUUUAAUUUGUAUUUUCCCUCAGCAAACCAGAACAUGGUAACUCUAUCUUCUGCCUCUUGCCUCAGUUCGGGGGAACUAGUAGCACCCUCUCUAGCACCAGCGGCCCCUCCUUAUUCCAAAUCCUGUCCCUCUCCAAGGCGGUGACUCGCCACCUCUCUCAUUUGUAACCAGAUAUCAUGCUGUGGCGUCCCAGGCUGGGCAGGAGACCUCCGUGUGUUCUGCGUCCUGUCCCAACACUGUCUUGUCAGUAUCUGUUGUCCCUGCCAGCCAUUCUAGUAGGUGUGCAAAGAGGCUGCGGUGUGGUCCUGAUUUACAUUUCCCUAACGGCUGUGACCGGCUGUGACCGUGAUGUUGAGUCUCUUUGGCUGCAAAUUUUUGCUUUCUGUAUAGUGGCCCCGGUGAGGGGUCUGUUCAAACAUUUGGCCCAUUCUGUUCCUGGGGGUUGUUUUUUCAUGAGUGGGUUGCAAGGGUUCUUCAUAGCUUCUAUUUUCUACUACCCUGUGGUUUGACUUUGGGUUAACUUUGUUUCCUCCUCUGGCUAUUCUGAGACAAGGUGAUUUUAUAAACGUAAGCGUCUCACGUGGGAAAACUUGCCCAGCUGGGCUGGUGUGGCACCGUGGGCUUCCCCUGGGACCCGAAGCCCUCCCUGACCCACAGCUUCUGGCUGCGGCCAACAGCGCUGUCCACGCAAGCCCUGGCCUGAGGACGCCCUGCACGUGAGCGCCUCCCGGGCUCCUCCCCGGCCACUCCUUCCUUUAGCACAGGCGCUCUGCCGGCCCCAGCUCGUCUCUCUCAGAGCCACGCAGCGCCUUCUCCACCACAGCAGCUGCUUUGGCAGAGCCCAGGCCCCACGCCCCGGAGGGAAGUGGUAAAGAACCCGAGGAUGGGGAACUUUCCACGGAGGGAAAGCCGGUGGCAGCAGGACACUCAGCAGAUGCCUUGGAACCUGAGACUCCAGAACGCCAAGCAGAGAGCAUCCAGAUGCUGGAAUCGCCACUUCGCUGAAGGGUGCUUCUGCCUUCCGUGGAAAAAAAUAUGCAUUUUCAAAGCAAGACAAGAUUCCCAAAAAGAAAAUGAAGGAAUGUCAUCUGCUCCCAUCCAGGAGAACGGUGAGCAGACCCACCCGGAGGAGCUGUGCUACAUCCUCAUCAACCACAGGGUCCUCGGGGCGAGGCCCUCCGGCAGCUCUGCGGAGGAGUACUACGAGAACAUCUCCCACCAGCCCGGGAAGCCUCGCGAGACUCCGGCGGCAACCGAGACUGAGUACUCACUCCUCCGUGUGCCCCCCACCCCGAGGCACCCACCUUCCCCGGAAGACGAGUAUGAACUUCUCAUGCCAAGCAGAAUCCCCUGUCACUCCCUGCAACAGCCUCACUCGCGGAUGGCCUCUUUAGAGACGUCGGUUUCCUGUUUACAAUGAAGGGGUUGGACGGGCGCUCGUCUGGCACCAGCAGAAGCAGGCGUGGGGUGCAAGUCUGGCUUCCCCCAGCAACCUCUUCUGCGGAGCAUGGUUUGCAAGCCACCAGCGCCCCUUAUUUCCUACUCAGUGCCCCGCACCCACAGUUCAGGCAGUUAUCCUGAACCCGGCUGUUUAAGAAAGCAGAGAUCCUUCUUUGGUUCCAAGUGGGUUUGGACGUGCUCAGUGGUGGGAAAAGCUCCCUGGUCCCGGACAGCAGUGCGCACCACCUAGAGCCCCACUCUUCUGUUAGGGUGCGUACAGAAUACCCCCAUGGUUGCUCUCUGAAGUUGCGUGGAAGUUCAUCCUACAAGCAUACCCAAGGGGGAAUUCACUCAUCAUACCGACCCUGCCCCUCAGCCCCCCACGCCCCACCCACCUCCACCCCCAGCCUCUGAGCUGUGUCCUUUCCAUGGCCUGUUUCAACUCAUUGGCCUCCCUGGCUUGGAUAAUUACACAGGGGGAUUUAGGAGGUGCUAGUGCAGCUUUUCGUGUAAUUUUAACCCGUAGGUAUUUCUUCAACUUUAAAUUUCUCCCUGUGAAUCUCUGUAAAACAAUCACAGCACCUGAGAAUGGAGCAGAAAGGCCUUUUGAGAUCCUUCCCUCUUAUUCUCCUGGGUCAAAAAGUAUGAUCUGCCCAGAGAUAUGUUAAGGUUAGAACCUGACAUCCUGGCUUUUGGUUCAGUGCUACAAUAUACUACACAGAAGAGCCUCCAGUAUUUAGUAAAUGUCUAUGUUGAAUAGUACUAUACAUAAAAUAUGUAUAAGAUGUCCCCCUGAGGAAAACAAUACACACACACACUCAAACACCUUCUCUGAUGAGUACUUCUCUGUAUGCCUAGAUUACGUAGCUCCCCUCAUGUUUUCCUUUGUGUUGCUAGGAUUCUGUCUAUAAACCAGCAGUCAGCAAAGCAUAGCCCCCAAGUCCAAUCUGGACCACCACUCAUUUUUAUAAAUAAAGUUGUACUGAAGUUCAGCCACACUCACUCCUUUACAUACUGUCGAUCAUUAGGCACCCAGAAGAAAAGCUUGAAGAUAUCUCCCCAUAUCUCAUAAUGUGAGAUAAACUUUUAUACAGAUGUGUUUGGUUGUUGGUGGAACCCCUAAGAUUGAAUAAGAUUGGAGUUGAUGAACUCAAAAGUCUUCCAUAGCCUUGGCAACUCAUGACAAGAGCCUCGGGUGAUUACUGAUGCCAUAAAUAAGAGUGUCAAUUGUUAAGUCAACAACAGGAGUCACUGUGCACUUACUCCCCGUAUAGGAUCUCUGUCCUUAAUGUGUUGUAUUAUGUGAAUUAACGCUAUAACUAGUACUCAAACAGUACUUUACACUUUGUGUUUCUGUGUGGGUGCAAACUGUUGAAAUCUUUACUUAAUAUGUACUAAGUUGAUCUUCUGUAUAUAAAGAUAAUUGAAAAUGAAUCCUGAUGUGACUGGGAUGGGAGAGGGAGCGGGAGAUGGGAGGGUUGGGAGUGGGAGGGAAGUUAUGGGGGGGAAAAGCCACUGUAAUCCAAAAGCUGUACUU